AUGCCGUAUUUUUAUCUAUAUCUCUGUCUAAGCUUCUUCUUAGCUUAUUGUGUGCAUAAUUCUGUGGUGGAGUUCUCGCCUACUGAUAUGGCAAGCAUGGCGCAGACUGUGAAUAUAGCUCAGAGGAAAAGGACAACUGGCACAAGGUCUGCAAUUGAUAAGAGGCUGCAGUCUCCAAGCAACUCUCCUGGAGGUCAGACACCGGGCAACAUGCAGAGGUCCACUGAAUACAACCUCACGGUGAACGACGAUCAUUUGAAACAGAUUCAGCGGUUGGUUCAGCAGGUUCGAGUAGAUGGCAGGCCAGUGGACGUUGCCAGUACCAACAAGCAGUUGGCGGAAAGCAUUGAGAGCGCGAUGAGAGUCAAUAAGCCAGCAGGUUGUGUCAACCAGAACACUACAAGUAAGACUAGAUUAUCCAUUCAAAAAAGUGCAGAUAACACUGUAUCAACAGACAAAGUUAAAGAAAAAUGGCCGUGUAUUAAAUGUAAAAUAAAUGUAAAAAAUGGUGUUGAAUGCUCUAAGAACCAUACAGGGAAAAGUCAUUGGAUUCAUUAUAACUGCUUGAAACGUGGUGGUGUGAGUGAAGAAGAAUUGAAAAACCUUAUGAGCCAGUCCCAAGAGACUGCCUUUACUUGUGUGGUGUGUAUUAAACAUAUGGAGUCACAGGUAAACGUUGAGAAUUCUGUUAAUUCCACAAGCAAUACAAAGACAAAAACUAAUGAUACCCAGAAAACAAGUGAUGACACAAACCCAAUAACAUACCAGCAAUUGUUAGUAAUCCCUUCAAGAAAAAGGUUUGCAUUAGAGGAUAGUGUGAAAGCACUAGUGCUGGAAGAAUCAAAUCGAAAUGAAACCCCAGAAAUAACUGAAACCUGUUAUGUAUGCAGCAAAACAAUUCUUUCAAAUGAAACAUGUUGUGACAUAUGUAACGCAAUAUGUCACCUUGAAUGUGUUAAUUAUGACUCUGUAAAUCUUAAAGUCACCUGUAUAUCAUGCAUAGGAACAACUGAACAGCUAGACGCAGCGUCCCAAGAGGAUAUGGCAGAACAAGUAAACGAUGGUAGAACCCAAUCUGUAACGGCAACAGCUCCAGAUGCUAAUCAGGGCGAUCAACUGAAGGCAGCUCAAGGUUUGAAACAAAAAGAACAAAAGUUAAAAAAACUAGAAACCGAUUUAAAGAUAAGGGAGAAAGAAAUAAGCGAAGCAGCAAAACAUAGACCAAAAUUAGAAAAUCAUAUUAAGAAACUUGAGGCCAGAACUGAAGAACUCGAUAGACUUAACAGAACAUUACUUGAUAAAAUUGAAUUCUUAGAGAACCAAAUUGAAACUCUUAAAAAGACAGCACCAACCGUAUCAUCAAGUACAAAUAAGUGUUCUAACCCAGCUUUGACAGAGAAUGAAAAGCUCAUGGACUCUAUUCAUAGUAAAGUAACCAACUUUAUUCUAAAACAGAUCGAUAAGCAACUCGAAAAUCUCGAUUUGAAUAAGGGUGUGUCCCCCACAGUAACUUCUGAUAACGAAACAAGAACAUCACAUGUACAGAAUAAUGAACCAUUUAAAGAUAGAGAUUCUUCCGAGCGCAUCUUUAAAAUUAAUAACAUUAGAAGUCGAUAUGCACACAAUGUUAAUAACAGUAUUGUAGAUCGUGCUGAAAAGGGACACCAGAGAGCACAACAUCAAAGGAAUAGUGAGAACAGGCUACAUGGCGACAUCAUACUCCCAGAAGGUUACGUGGCAGUCCCCAGGGACCAGGUGUAUGCUACAACCCAGGGUCGACCCAUAUGUAAGACACAGACGCAAAGGGAGUCAAGUAAGACUAGUGUCAAGGCAUCCCUUAAGGCACCCAACAUUACAACUCAGGAAAACUUUAAUAACUCAAAUGCACCUGAAAGCAAUAAUUCCACUAAGGACACUGUGAAUUAUAGACAUGAAAACAGUUGUGAACCACUGGAUCUCUCCACAAAGAAAGACUAUGAAUCAAACAGAGUACAAAUAGUUAAUUGCCAACAAAUCAAUCAGAAUCUAACCAUGUAUAGAAGUGACAGCUGCAUAAAUAAUAUAAAACCUUCAUUGGACGAGAAUAUGAAAACAACUACAAGUAACAACCAGAAUAAGCAAAAUUCUUUUUUGUACAGAAGCGCCAGUUGCAUAGAUCUCACAUAG